GGCACUUCCAGGCAGGAGCCAGAGGCACAGGGCAGCACUCAGCCAGAGGCGAGGGGCUGCAAUCGGAACUGGCACCAUUUCCCGGUGCAGGCAAGAGGAAGAUGAAGGUCCUGCUGAUGCCAGCACUGCUGCUCGCCUGCGGCAUGCUCACAGCUCGUGGGAAGCACCCGCACACGUUUGCUCCAGGGCUGGAAGGAAGCACUGUGGGAAACCUGACUGCCCAUGGCUGUGGAUCGGGAUGGGGCCGCGGUCGCGCUGCUUUCAUGGACCGGUGCUGCCUGCUCCGUGCCUGCUGCUACGCCAGGCUGACUGCACGUCGCUGCCGCGUGGGACAGACCCAACGCCUCCCCGUGCCCCAGCCAGGGGUCCCUGUCUGCAGCUCCGGGACGUGGUGCCAGCGAGCAGCCUGCAGGUGUGAGCGUUUGGCUCUGCUGUGCCGGGCACGCAGACGGGCACUGCGCAGGUGUCGAGGCGGGCGCUGCUGAUGGAGAUGGGCUCCUCGUAAUAAACCCACCUCCAUGCUGGUAAGCAAAGCGGAGCUCGGCGUGGCGCCAGGAGCGCUUCCCGAUCCUCUUCUUCAGGGCUUUUUGGCUACGAUAGGAGAACAACCGCCCUUUUGUGAAGCUGCGUCAUUAGACACUCAUUAGACACUGGGUCUGAGGAGGGAGGGUAGCACAGAUGUAAUGCUUCUGCUCAGAAAAACAAGGGAGGAGCAGACACCUGCGCCUUGUCACAGCAAAGGGCGAGAUGAUGGAAGCAGUCUUGCUGUUGGCAUUCACCCCUUUUGGCUCAAGCUCCCCAUCUGCAAAUCGCUGCACGGAGAUGUUGGCUCCCUCAGCUUCUUGCUUUGCUGCAGAACCUUGUAAGUUGCUCCAAAAUAAAACCGGAGAGCACAAA